CCCGCUUCUUUGAUUCUAUGCCCCGGGCAGACUCAUCUUCCCAGUUAUUCUCCUUUCCUCCGACCCCACCGGCGGCGCGACUAGCUCCAUUCCGGCGAUCUAUUAUACCGGUGCUUGUGGGCAUUCCUUUGACAGUUACUAAGAGCUUGGUUUGACUGGUAUGGCAUCCAGGCGCAAUGUGCGGUAUAGUCGUCUUCUUGGUGAUGAAGACAAUGAGUAUGAUAGUAAAUUUGACCCUCGGUUUGACUAUACACCAAAAUCCUUUGAUAAAAUCCCAUGGAAAUCCAUUGCUCUGGCACUUUUCCUUCUUUUGCUCGGAAUAUUGCUUCUCUUUCUUUCCUUUUUUAUCUUCACAGGUCACAUGGGAGGAGACCGGUCUCAGGCCUAUGGUCUUUUAGCCCUUGGAGCUCUCACCUUCCUCCCAGGAUUCUAUGAAACCCGGAUUGCAUACUAUUCAUGGAGGGGUGCAGCUGGCUAUCGCUUUGGGUCCAUCCCUGGUUAAAACAUGCCUCUUUACAAGGUGGUUCAUGCUAUCACAUAUCUCUCUGCCACUGUUUCGCUCGGGACAAUGACUGGAAACGGGUUGUAUAAAACCACUAGCAUCUGUAUUUUUUUUCAUGUAUUAUAGAUUAAGCGUAGAACACCUGUGCUUGAUGGUUUGUCUGGAAAGUAUCUCAUUUACCGUUAGAAGAAGUCCAAAAUUCAACAGGCUACAGCUUCCAGCUUCUUUUCCUUGCAGUCUCCAUUUUCAAUAUACUUCUUUGCAGGCUUC